GGAGACCCGAAGUGAGGGUGUCGGGGAGUGGGGUGUGUGUGGUCCCCCCGUGUCGCUCUGUCUCCCACUGUGGCAGCUCGGAGUAGUGCAGCGUGGUAGAUGUGCCCUGGCCUCCGCUGCUUUGUCUCCUCCCAGCUCUCUGCAGCCGUGAUCGCUGCCUGACUCACGCCGAGGGAGGAGGAGGCUGCAGCCAUUCAAUUCCCCUCCAGCCGCCGCUGCCGCCGCCAUCAUCUACGCUUCCUCCCGUACUCCUCCCUCCGCAUAUCACGCUCGCAUCACUCCUUACUCGCCGGCUCCGAUCUGUGUGGCUGCCGUCUGGCUGCGGGAGGUGAGAGCAGACAGUGGGGUCUCUGCGGGGAGAGAGGCGGGAGUGGCGGAGGGAAUCCCUCGCUCAUCCAUCACUGGCACAGGGCACCGGUCCCGGAGGUGAGGACGCAGCAGAGCCGUAGCCGGAUCUUUAUCUGCACAGGCUGCAGGGCACUCUCCUCAAUGCAGGAACCACUGGCUGAGGAUACACCUUCCCUGAGCACCUGACAUACCAUCGGAAACUUUACACCAAGGACGCACACUUUUAUUGGAUUCAGAGAACAGUUUUAAAGUACUGUCCCCCCGGGAUUGUGUAGAGUGUGACGGUCACCACUUUGACUGCACUAUAGCCUUUGAACUAUUAGCAAUGAGUGAAUUUUGGUUGUGUUUCAACUGCUGCAUUGCAGAACAGCCGCAGCCUAAAAGGCGGCGGCGGAUCGACAGAAGCAUGAUUGGAGAGCCAACAAACUUUGUUCACACUGCACAUGUAGGGUCCGGAGAUGUAUUUAGCGGAAUGAAUUCAGUGAGUUCCAUCCAAAACCAAAUGCAGUCAAAGGGCGGCUACGGUGGCAACAUGUCAGCAAAUGUCCAGAUGCAGCUUGUGGAUACAAAGGCUGGAUAACCUUAGUAUUACCUGGGUCUCCUGGAUGGAUCAUAAGUUCUGUUUUAUUUUUGUCUCAACCACCCUCAUUUGGUGACCGUUUUUUGUGUUCUCCAUCGUGUACAAGAUGGUGCAUUGUGCUCCCAUGUGAUGGAAAAGAUGAGCUGUGCCGACGAUCUUGUCUUCAUUAUAGGCAGAACCAUGUCUCUUCAGUGGAGUUGACAUUGGUCUGUGCCAAAUGAGAAUUUAAAACAAAACCAAUUUAGAAUAAUCUUACUUUGCAGGCCCUCAUGUUUUCAUCCUGGCUUUUUAUUUUGUCUUUUUUUUUUUUCUUUUUCUUUUUAAGUUAAUUGCUAUAUGCAGGCCUCGGCUCUUGGUUUUUGGUAAGGCCUGGGACUUUGAAGCACAAAUUUUAAUUGCAAUUUGGACUCUGUUUAGUAGAUGACUUGCAUGCUAUGUAAUGGUUGCUUUGUACAGUGUCCCUGACCAGGGCCAAGAAAUAUAAAAUCGUUUGUUGCUGAAGACUGAGGAUACUUGUAUCUGCCAAAAUGUCCUCCUGAAGCAACAGGAGUAUAUAGACUUAAAUCACUUUAGGUCUACCCCAAAUUGAUCUCGAUAUGGAUUAUAUAAUAAUAAUAAGAAGAAGAAGAAGAAGAAGAAGAAUUAUUAUGAUAAUAAUAAAAGCUUCCAUACAUAAGGAGUUCUGUUGUAAAUGUUCAAUAUAUUUAUUUGCAAGAUCUGACCUCGAGAUUGUAAACCAGUGUAGUAACCUAUACAGUGUUGUGUUGGUGCUUUUGUCUGUCAAGAAAAAUAAAAUCCAAACACCAUUCCUGCUUUCUUACCCAUUUACCUGCCUAUACUAAGGUAGCUGGUAGUGCAUGUCAGGCUACCUGCAAUAAUCUCUUAACAUUUAAUAACAACAUGCAGGCUGUGUUCCCUGUGAUGCUGUGUUCCCAAACUCUGUCCUCAAGUACCCCCAACAGUUCAUGUUUUCCAGGUCACCCACCAGGUGCACAGCUGUAUUCAUUACUCAUUGACACAUUUUAAAAGAUCCACAGGUGUAGCAAAUUAUUUCACCAGUGAGACCUGGAAAACAUGAACUGUCCGCGGUCCUUGAGGACCAAGUUUUAGAACCGCUGCUGUACAGCUACCAGCAUGCUGUCAUCCAGCUUAUGGCUCCAAUAGCAGACCCUGAUCUAAGCCGUGCACUCUUGAAAUGACUUCAUUUAUCAUGAUUUAAUAGUUAAUAGAAUACAUACAUUAGCCAUGAUUCUGAUUUGUAUAUGUAUAAGAGGAUUUUACCCUCCAAGAUGUCCGUUUUAGUUAUUUUUCACAAAAUAAUGCACAACGCAUAUUAAGAUAAACAGCAAUAUGUGAAUGGAAAAUUGUGUUCAACAUAAACUGUAGAAGUUGCAAUUGAUGAAAACUAAUGUAACGUUGAGUUUGUGUUUAGCAUCUUUUCAAGCUGUAUGACCGUCCCUUAAAUUUAUUUUUUUAUUUUUGCAGUUGUUUAACGCAUUCACCAUCCUCAUUUCAAAUAGCAGAAUUGUAGGGGUCUUAUUUCUGUAACACCAACAGUUCCCAUGGUGCAUACUCUUGCUGAAGCCAAUUAACAGUCUAUACUCCAGGACCCAAGUCGUGGAGAAGUUCAGGUGAAUACACAGCUACUAGUUAUGUGUCAGCACCACAAAUGUAUAUGAAUGCAGUGCAUCCACGACAGCCAUCCCAUCUGCAUUAUUAGCCUACUAAACCUAAAUAGCUCCAGUUAGAAGCUAUUAGCGAUGUCUGCUCAGCUGAGUUCCUCUGUAACUGUGAGAAUAAUCACAUAGGGCCCCUACAAUUCUGCAAAUGUCAGUAAGGGAAGGGGGUAAUAGUUUCCACAUAAAAUUAGUUGGAGGUAUUUAAUGGAAUACAGUCUUAAGGGUCAGAUUGCUUACAGGCCAUGAGAUUGUAGAACUGCUGCUAUCUGGAUAAAAAUAAAAAAAACGUUGCAGGGCAAAAAAGUGAACUGUAAAAACUGGCUUUUAACAUACAGAGUGACUUUAUAGAGCACCUGUAAAAUAAGUCUUUUUGCUCAGGUUCCAAAACGUGUAUGUCUUUCACACAUUGUAAAAAUAGUUAUUUUAAUAUUGCACUGUUUAUGGAUGUACAUGUUGUUUGGUUCCAUUUUCAAGUCACGUAAGAUGUGGUUGGAACACUGCCUGACUCUGUUAAGUCAGGUUAGUUUCAGUUCCGCAUUAAGCAGAGUAUUGAACAAAUGGGAUGUAAAUAUAAGUCUUACUGAAUGCUUAUGUUGAUGUCCAGAUCCAUUAAGCCAAAAUGUACAAUAACCUUACCUUGUAACAACAAUUCCCUAUCCAUAUAGUGUCAAACAGAUAGCUAAUCAGCGUGAAGGAGAACAACAGAGAGUUAUUGCAAUACUAAACCAUCUGACACCCACUAGAUCAAAGUUCCUUAGAAUAUGCAGCGAUGGGAUAAAUACUUGUUGCCUGGGACCUACAACUUGACAAGUAGCAGUUCUCCGCAAACGGUAAUAAACUGUUGCAAUACAUUUAGUAUUGUGUGAUAUAACAACUGUUGUAUAAAAAGUAAAAAAAAAAGUAAAUGAUCAAACUGUGCCAGGGUUAUUUGCCAUGCUUUUUAUCAUCCUACUACCAAUCUGUCUGAAAAGCAGGGUUAUUAAAAAAAAAUAUUUUCACGUUCUUUGAUCGAGAAUAAAAAAAAUAAUCAACAUAUUUUUAUAACAAAGCAUACUUUUUGUACAUUGUGUUCAUUCUUGAAUAAAGUCAGUUCAGUGUUGGCUUGUAGAUAUUACAGAGAAGUAUUGACAUUGAUUCAAUAAAUGUUUUCUUUCAUUUAUGCGUUGGAUAUUUCAUUUGAUUUUCUCAACCUUAUCAAAUAAAGUUGGCAAUUGAAAAUA